UAGUACAUAUUUUAAAAACUCACUAAUACAGAUGUUUUAAAUAACUGUUGUGUUCUAUUGCUUAAAUUCUUCGUGUAUCUCAAAAUUGUAUUGUUGUGACUAAUUGAUUUUUGUUAAAGAUGAAAAUAGAAUUAACAAAAAAUGAAACUGAUACAUUGUGUGCUGAAAAUAAUAAUAAAAAUGAAAUUGAAUCAUUCGAUGAUAUUUUGGAAAUAGUUGGUAGUGAUGGAUCAUUUCAACAUAGAUUUAAUUGGCUUUUUAAUUUUGCAUAUGCAAUGAUUUUAUCCAUGACUUUUAUGAAUGUAAUUAUUGCAUUAGCCAUACCGGAACAUUGGUGUUAUAUUCCAGGACGUGAGAAUACAAAUUAUACUGUUGCAGAAUGGCGAGAAAAAACUAUACCAAAAGAAAUGGAUAAUCUUGGACAGAUUUCAUUCAGUAAAUGUAAAGCGUACAGUUUAACUGAUGACAAUGUUACACAGUCUUGCAAUAAUGGUUGGGAAUUCGAUAAAACAUGGUAUGAAUCCACUAUUGUCACGGAUAAUGAUUGGGUUUGCGACAAAGAAGUUUAUGUUACACAUUCUUUGGUCUAUAGUCGUGUUGGUGAAUUUAUUGGGACCAUAGUGCUUGGAUCUCUUGGUGACAGCAUAGGUCGACGUCCUGUUUUUAUAGUGACCGUUGUAACAAUGACAAUAACACGUAUUGUAAUGUUAUUUACCACAUAUAGUUAUGUGGUAUUUAUGAUUGUUAGUAUAUUAAGUUCAGCAACAUUAAACAGUGGCUUUCAAUCACCAUUAACCAUAUCAAUGGAAAUUAUUAGUGUUAAAAUGCGUGCCACAUUAAUAUCAAUACAAUAUUUAGGAUGGACAAUUGGUAUUUGUAUAUUACCAUUAAUUAUGUGGGUUGUACGUCGUUGGGAUUAUUUCUUCUUGAUAACAACUUUACCAGGAUUAUUAAUAUUUAUAUUUUACAAAUAUCUGAUUGAAUCUCCUCGGUGGUUGGUUUCACGAGGAGAAAUGGAAAAAGCAUACGUACAAUUAAAAGUAAUUGCAAAAUAUAAUAAACGGCCCUUACCUGAUGAUUUUAUGGAUAAAUUGAAUUGUUUAAAAAACAAAGGCGAAUCCAAUUAUGGAUUAUCCAGUUUAAUAUCGAGUUGGCGUUUGUUUAAAAAUACACUUGUUUUAUGUAUUUGUUGGAGUGCAACGCUUAUGUGCUAUCAAAUAUUUAUAUAUAAUGUCACGAGUUUAGCUGGAAAUCCAUUUUUAAAUUUCUUAUUCCAAGCAUUAAUAGAACUUCCAAGUAAUUUAGUUGGAAAAUUAACUUGUAACUAUUGUGGACGACGUUUUGUGUCAUUAAUUGCUUUCAUGUUAUCUGUAGCAUUUUGUGUAAUUUUACUUAUAUCUUAUAAUUGGAAAAUAUCAAUGUUAACAAUUGGUCUAAUAUUGGUUGUAAAGUUUUGUCUCUCAUGUGGUGUAUAUGUUCUAAAUUUGCAAUCAUUAGAAGUGUUCCCAACAUGUGCUCGACAAUCUGGUACAAGUGCGAGUUUCUUCUGCGCUGUGGCAGUGUCAUCUUUCAGUCCUUACAUAACAUAUUUGGGUACCCAGUAUGAUGCUCGCAUACCUUACGUUGGUGUAUUAAUAUUGGCAUUAAUUGCAGCUUUGAGUGGAUCAUUUUUACCUGAAACAGUGGAUGUUCAAUUACCAGAAACUUUAGAAGAUGCUCGUGUAUUUGGGAAAGAUCAAUUGUAUUGGGACUUUUUGAAUCGCAAAAAUUCAAAAUAUCAGAAAGCAAAGACAACAGAUGAAUGUACGGCUGUAAAAGAUGUGAAAGUGUAGCUUAUUCAAUAAUAAAUUUUUUAUUUAUUUA